AGUUGUUAGCCUUUAUUUUACAACUCUUCAAUUUGCAGUGUCAUACAGACUGCAGCUUACUUCAUGACAGUGGUCUGUUACGUGUUCUGCCCAGUGGGAGCUGAUGUUCAGAGCUGGCAUUGGUGACACAAAGGUGCUGCUGGUUAGCAGUAGCCGUCAUCCUGACCGAUGGAUUGUCCCCGGGGGUGGCAUGGAGCCCGAGGAGGAGCCCAACAUGGCUGCUGUGCGAGAGGUCUGUGAAGAGGCCGGAGUGAAAGGGACGUUAGGAAGAUUAGUGGGAAUUUUUGAGAAUCGGGACAGGAAACACAGAACAUAUGUUUACGUACUUAUCGUCACAGAAGUGUUGGAAGACUGGGAGGACUCUGUCAAUAUUGGAAGGAAAAGGGAAUGGUUUAAGAUAGAAGAUGCCAUAAAAGUUCUGCAGUAUCAUAAACCAGUGCAGGCCUCAUAUUUUGAAACCUUGAGGCAAGGUUGUUUGGCAAACAACGGCACUCCUGUCAUGACCACGACAUACUCUGAGAGCUCUGUGUCUGACAUCAGAUGACUGAAGACGUCCCUAUGAGAGCAAUUUUGAAAAAUAGACUGAAACAUGGAUUUCCCUCCCCCCCUCCCCUUUUUCACAUGCCUCCUCUAUCAAACAAGGCAUGGGCAGCCUGUGGCAGAGCAAGUGUUAAGAGUGCUGCAAUUUAGUGCAAGGUGGGAUUUUUUUGUUAGCUUAUUUUUUUUUCUUUUUUGGAUAUGUAUUUUGUAAAAUACAUUUUGUGCAUGAAGUGCCCCUUUCCCGUUACACCGUUUCCAUGGCCUGGAGAGCGAGGCUGCCAGUUUCGCCUCUGCCUUGUGUUCUGGAGUGUCCCGUUUGUGUCAUCCCAGCCAUAGCCACUUUUUUUUUUUUUUUAAUUAAAAGACUUCAAAUGUGAGAUCAGCUCUUUAAGUCUUAGUCUGUACUGUAAGGUGCUGUUCAGACCUGCGUGUUGGUCACUUUCAGCGCAUAUGUAUAAACUUUUUUUAGACGGAGAAUCUAACACUUUAAUUUUGCAGGAAUUUUUUUAAUCCUGGUCUGCUUCUGAAAAGAAGGGUUCAUAAUUGAUCUGUUUGCCUUUUGUUCUGUUUUUUAAAAAUACACGUUCUGUGACAGUGCUAGUGGCUGGGCCAGUUUACUCCCCUUUCGGUAUCUCCCGAUUUAGUGCAGUGACACUUGAAGUUGAGGGCAGAGUUUUGAUCACCUGCAGACAUCCCUGCUGCUCAGUUGCUUCUCCUACAGCUUUCGCCAAUGUUUCUGCUUUUACAUCAAAAUGAAACAACAGGAAUUGGUCUUUAUCACUUGGCCAAAAAUAAAUAGCCUCAGAUACACUA